GGCGGCGGCGGCGGGGCGGCGGCGGUAUAAAGGCGGGAACGGGGAGCAUGUAAUGUCGGAAUGCGGAGGCCGCGGCGGCAGCGGCAGCAGCAGCAGCAGCAGCGGCAGCAGCAGCGACGACGCCGAGGACGAAGCUGGCGGUGGCGGCCCCGCGGGCUCCGGUUCCCUCAGCCCGGCCCCGGCCCCGGCCCCUGCGUCGUCCGAGGGCCGGUUGCGCCGCGGGCUGCGCGGAGCCUCCCUCAUGGCGCGCCGGCGGCCCGAGCUGCUGUGCGGGGCCGUGGCGCUCGGCUGCGCGCUGCUCUUCGCCCUCAAGUUCACCUGCAGUCGGGCAAAGGAUGUGAUAAUACCAGCAAAGCCGCCCGUCCGCUUUUUCUCCUCGCGGUCUCCCGUGCUUGACCUCUUCCAGGGGCAGCUGGAUUACGCCGAGCGCGUUCGCCGCGACACAGAGGCGGUGCUGCUCUUCUUCUACGCCCCGUGGUGUGGCCAGUCCAUCGCUGCCAGGGCAGAGAUCGAGCAGGCGGCGAGCCAGCUUUCAGACCAGGUGUUGUUUAUGGCUAUCAACUGUUGGUGGAACCAGGGCAAAUGCAGAAAACAGAAGCACUUCUUUUAUUUUCCUGUAAUACAUCUGUAUCAUCGGAGUUUUGGACCAAUCGAAUACAAAGGCCCCAUGCGUGCUGUUUACAUUGAGAAGUUUGUUCGCCGAGUGAUGAAACCACUUCUGUACAUCCCAUCUCAAUCAGAAUUACUAGAUUUUCUCUCAAACUACGAGCCCGGCGUGCUUGGCUACUUUGAGUUCAGUGGCUCGGCCCAGCCUCCUGGCUACUUGACCUUCUUCACCUCUGCGCUGCACUCCUUAAAGAAAGAUUACCUAGGAACAGUACGAUUUGGGGUUAUCACAAAUAAACAUCUUGCGAAACUGGUAUCCUUAGUACACUCUGGAAGUGUGUAUUUACAUAGACAUUUCAACACAUCACUUGUCUUCCCCAGGGAGGUCAUGAACUUCACAGCUGAGAACAUCUAUAAGUGGGCUUCAGAAAACCAGGAGACGCUGCUCCGGUGGCUGCGGCCGCAUGGAGGCAAGAGUCUGCUGCUGAACAAUGAGCUGAAGAAAGGACCGGCGCUGUUCCUCUUCAUACCUUUCGAUCCCUUAGCCGAGAGGCACCCUCUCAUCGACGAGAUCACCGAAGUGGCCUUGGAGUACAAUAACUGUCAUGGAGACCAGGUGGUAGAGCGCCUCCUUCAGCACCUGCGGCGGGGGGAGGCCCCCGCUUUCCAGUCCCUGGCACCAGAGCCGCCUGCCCUGCUCGAUACACGGCUGAUGGCAGCGUCCCCGUGCUGCAAUACGGUGGUGCUGCCCCUGGGGCCCACCUUCUCCAGGACCCACAAUGUCUGUGAGCUGUGCGUCAACCAGACUGCAGGUGGCACCAAGCCGAGCUCAGUGAGUGUGUCUCAGUGCAGCUUCUUCGAGAUGGCGGCCGCACUGGAUUCCUUCUACCUCAAGGAACAGACCUUCUACCACGUGGCAUCAGGCAGCAUGGAGUGCAGCAACUUUUUCACCUCCUACAGCCCUUUCAGCUACUACACUGCAUGCUGCAGGACCGUAGCCCGGGGUGUGGCGAGCCUCACGCACUCUGAGCAAGAUGUCCUUACAGCCCCACCCCUCGCUGCCUCUUCCCGGGAGAAGAGCUGUGAGGCUGCUGCCCCGAGCUCCAUUCCUCACAUUGAGGAGACCAGGUACCGCUUUCCUGAAGUGGACCUCACUAGCACGGCCUUCACGGGCCUGAGCUGCAGAACCAACAAGACCCUGAACAUCUACCUUUUGGAUUCCAAUUUAUUUUGGUUAUAUGCAGAGAGACUGGGUGCCCCAAGCUCCACUCCCGUGAAAGAGUUUGCCACGAUUGUUGAUGUGAAAGAAGAGUCACAUUAUAUCCUGGACCCCAACCAAGCGCUCAUGAAGCCCACUUUAGAGUCUUUCAUUCAAAACUUCAGUGUUCUCUACAGCCCCUUGAAAAGACAUCUCAUUGGAAGUAAUUCUGCCCAGUUCCCUUCUCAGCAUUUAAUCACUGAAGUCACAACCGAUACCUUCUGGGAAGUAGUCCUUCAGAAGCAGGAUGUUUUGCUGCUGUAUUAUGCACAGUGGUGCGGCUUCUGUCUGUCCCUCAAUCAUGUCUUCAUCCAGCUAGCUCGGCUUCUGCCAGAAGGUGCAUUCACUGUGGCCAGGAUUGACGUGUCUCAGAAUGAUCUUCCUUGGGAGUUCAUGGUCGACCGUAUUCCUACCAUCUUGUUUUUUCCCUGCAACAGGAAGGACCUAAGUGUGAAAUACCCUGGAGACCUUCUCAUCACCCUUCCAAAUCUGCUGAGGUUCAUCCUGCAUCACUCAGACCCUGUCUCUGCCCCUCAGAAUCUGGCCAGCCCUCCUACCAAAGAAUGUGUGCAGAGUGAGGCAGGCCUGGAGCAGGAGCACAUCUCCCUUGUGGAACGCGCCAUGCAGAAGCUGAGAGCCGAGAUGAGCAGCCUUCGCAGAGCACAGGAGCAGGUGGAAGGCCAGCUCUCCAGUGCCCGCAGGGAUGGGCGCCGCCUGCUCCGGCGACAGCAGACCCUGGAGCAGCAGCACAGGCUGCUCCGGCGCCACAGCCAGCAGCUGCAGGCCCUCUAUGCGCAGAAGGUCCGAGAGCUGCAGGAGCUGGCCGGCGCCUCAGAGACCCUCCACCCCGAGCACACGUGGUUCGAGGUCCUCGCAGCCACCAGAGAGAGGGAACUGCAGGGUCAGAACAGAGCUGAGGACCCAGCCACCCCAAGAAAGGCACACCCUAGGCCUGCAGGGGGCCCCCCUCCACCUCCCAGCACCAGUUCCACGCUGGCAUCCAAGAAGAACGAAAACAGGACAGACUAACUUCUGAAUUGGGAUGAAGGAAUCUGAAGUGAGAGGUGUACAUUCGGAAUAUAUUUAUGCAAAUUUUAUUGAAAUUUAUUGUAAAUAAAGAUUUCUCAGUGGUCUAGAAAAACUG